AUGACAUUGGCUUCUUCACUUGUGAUUUUAUUUUUUCUUUUGGUUAUCAGUUCGAUUGAAGCUGAAUCAAAACAACGUCGUGAACUAAUUGUACAUGAAGGUAAAUGUCCAUCGAAUAGUUUAAUCAUUCCUAUUAUGUGUCGUCGUCGUGUUUGUCUUCCGGAAGAAUUAAUUCCACUAUGCAAAAUGGAUGGUGAUUGUUCAACUACACAUAAAUGUUGUCGUCCUUUAUGUUCAUGCAGAGAUCGUUGUGUUGAAGCUAUUCCUAAAGAAAAAUGA